AUGAUGUUCUUCGUCGUUCCAACAGUAUUCACAGUAUGCUGUGUCAUAUCCGGUCUGCUGGCUACGAUAGUGGUGUUAGGACGGAUGUUCAGUACACCGAUCGCCUAUAAAGACUUCCUGAAUAUGCGUGAAAAGAUGCUGAAUCGGCAAGAUUCGAUGGACUAUGGCAAACGACAGCGUUCGUACUCGGGAACAUCGUCGGUGUCGGUGACUUCUGAAGACUACCUGCCAAAACCACUGUGCAGGCGGCACUCAGUCAGUCACAACAGCCUUUGCUCACGACCACCAAGUGUGAAUCGCAAGUACAGCUAUGCCUAUUCCCACUAUAACGCCUGUGAUUCUGAUCACGACGAACAGCAUUAA